CUCUGUUAAUACGGUGCUAAAGAAUAUACAAGAAAAUCUGAUGCAAAGAAAUAUUUUUAUUCAAUUCAUUGUUUGUUAUUAUUUAACAAACAAAAAACCAAAAAAAAGCAAAAUUCAAGCAAAUACCUAGUGAAGUGUUAAAAAAUAUGUGUGAAAAUUGUAAAGCAUUUGCUUUAAUUUAACGGCUGAAAGAAAAGUGUUGCUUUAGCAAAUUAUCAAUAUUUUUGUGUCAUAGAGCAGGAAAAAACGCCUUAAUAAUGUGAAGAGAGUUUUAAACGACGUUAUAAAACAAGUUGCCAACCAAUAUAAACCUUUGUGAAACGAAAUCGAAAGCCAAAGGAUAAAUUAAAGAAAUGUUAGUUAAUGUUAGAAAUAUUCGCGUGUGCUUUUUAAAUAAAAUUAAAUAGAAUAUAGAACAAAUGAUAAAUUUUAGUGGAUUUCCAUAAACAAAGAGUAUAAAAAUAAUAUUCUAUUAUCACCCUCUCUGUGGAUAAUUUCUCUGGUAUUAUUCGGUAAUACACUCGACUCUCUUUCUCUUUGGCUUUCUGGCAGUCAUCAUCUGACUACUGUUAGGUCAUGUCUACAAGGUGGUGGUGAAUAAAUUGCAAGCUUGCCAGACUAAGCAGCUUUUGUUGAUUUUGCUGCUACAGUUGACCAAUUUCCGUCAAAUGCAGUGAGCGCCUGGAUGUCUGAAAAGGCCAAAGACAAAAUUAAAAAAUAAAAAUAAAAAAAACUAACAAAGACCAUUAAGAAAAAACAAUGCUAGCAAUUCUUUGGCAGCUAACAUAAGAAGAGCAGCCUCAAUUGGAGAAGACAAAAUAAAGAGCUCUCAUUUUCUCUCUCUCGGUCAUACCAACGCCAGUGUAAAAAAUUCGGUGUGCCGUUUUGUGCUCUUUAUUCGUGUGUUUAUCGUUCGGUUGCUGGUUCGUUUACUUGCUUGCGUUUUCUUCAAUCGCCGGAUUCGCGAUUACGUGCUGCUGAGUGUGUGUCUGCGUACGUUUGCCGUGGUGUGGAGUGUCGUUGUUGGUGCAUAAUAUCCGUUUUUAAGUACUACUGCACGUAACAUCCUUUCAUCAUUCGCCUUUUAGGUGAGUGUAAGUGCGCGUGUAUUUGUUUUCCCCGGUUUGCUGCGUUGGUGUGCAAGUGUGUGCUGUGCGUCUGUGUGUGUGUCACACACACUUAAAAAGUUUUUUUGGGCAGGACCUCCACUUCUCUUCAUAAACAAGGAAUAAUAGCUGGAGGUUAGUAAGGUGAGAACAAAACAAAGGUUUCCAACAUUUUGUCAACGAAACGAAGAAAUCAAGACAAACACACAAAAACACCAUGGAAUCCACACAAUCAACCACUUAUGAACCCUUGGAGGGUCGCAGUUCCGGCAUACGUCACGAACCCAUGGAUAGUCCAGAGAAUGAUAUACGUGCACCCAAGGACCAAAAGCAUAUGGUCUAUUUGGCCAUGUUGGCAGCCGGCAUUGGUUUUGUAUUGCCCUAUAAUAGCUUCAUAAUUGCUGCGGACUAUUGGCAGGCACGUUUUCCAGGACGUUCUGUGGCAUUGGAUAUGUCCAUGACGUACAUUGUGGUGGCAUUUGGCACGGUACUAUUGAAUAAUGUUUUCCUAUCGUUGGCACCCUUUAGGGUGCGAGUUAUGUUCGGCUACAUAAUGUCCUUUACGACGCUGGUCUUUGUGGCCGUGUGCGAGGUGGCCUGGCAUAUGUUUGCUGCCAGCACAGCGUAUACGGUCAAUUUGGCAGCUGUAUCAUUGGUGGCCAUAGGCUGUACAGUUCAACAAUCAAGUUUCUAUGGUUUUGCCAGCAUGUUUCCUAAACGCUAUACUCAGGCUGUUAUGACGGGCGAGAGCUUGGCCGGUUUCCUAGUGUCUUCCAAUCGUGUUGGUACCAAGCUGUUGAUACAAAAUGACCGUGUGUCAACGGUCAUCUUUUUCUUUACAUCGACGCUGUACAUUUUGUUCAGUUAUUUGUUGCAUUUGGCCACCAUCAAUUCACCAUUUGUUCGUUAUCACAUGAAGGCAUGUGCCAAAAUUGUUUUGCGACCCGAUGAAGAUCGUUUGAACGAACUUGAUGGCUCCACACCCACUGCUAAAUAUGGUGUUUUGACUCUGGAACCCAGCAGCCCAACAGCUCCUAUACCCAGCAAGAUAACUCCAGCAGCUUUGAGCUUUUCCAAUCCUGUCUAUGAACUAUCCAAUCCAUCGGCAGGUGAGAGUGUCAUCGAAGGUCUCAACAAUCUACCCGAUAUACCGACAACGCCACAGGAACCUCAAACCCCCACUACGGUAGCCUUUAAGGUUGAACAUGUCUUGACACCUGGUACUUGCAAUCCAGGCAAAUUAAGCGAUUUAAAGACAGGCUUUGCAUCUCGUUGGCAGGUUGCCCAAUCCAUAUAUCCGUAUAUGGUUUGCAUUGCCUUGGCUUAUUGCGUUACUUUGUCCCUGUAUCCGGGUAUUGAGUCAGAAAUUGUUUCAUGCAGUUUGGGCACUUGGAUGCCUGUGUUGUUAAUGUUCACCUUCAAUACUUCCGAUCUGAUUGGCAAGACAUUGGCUGGUGUGCCCUAUCCAUGGUCAAGGAGACAAUUGAUUCUAAUGUCGGGUUUGCGUAUUGUAUUGGUGCCGCUUUUGCUCUUGUGCUGUGCUCCCCGUCAUCAGCCGGUAAUAUCGGGUGAAACGGCCGCUUUUAUAUUCACCAUUGCCUUGGGCGUUAGCAAUGGUUUGGCGGGAAGUCUUCCUAUGAUGCUGGCACCGGCUAAAGUAAAUGCUACACUCAGAGAGGUUACCGGAAAUAUGAUGACUCUAUCGUACAAUGUGGGCUUGACAGUGGGCUCAUUUAUCGGCUAUGUAUUCGAAUCGAUGUUAGGUGCUCAAUUGACAAAUCCUUGCCCCAAAUAUCCCUACAUUAUGGAUCAUCCACAAUACCAUUACACAACUACAAGUGCGACGUUACUUAGCAAUACCACAGCUAUUGCCUCUUCAGGCUAUUUACCGACUACGAUUGGCACCGCCAACACAACCUCCUUGGAGACAUCAACUCUAUUGGCGAUAUUAAAUGCGACAGCAUCAACCUCGAUGGCAGCAAUUGGUUCAAUAACAACGGCGGCGAGUGCUGUUACAACGCCGCCACCAUCGAUAACUUCAACGGCCACGGUGGCAGUAUUAUCAACUGUGGUUAAUACAGUGGUCAACUCGGUGGUGACAUCCAUAAGUGAUCUCAGUUCAGAGCUAAUGAAUGGCAGUGGUGGUACCACAGGUGAUCCUCAGACAUCGGCAGAGUUAAUGAAUCGAGUUUAAAUUGUUUUUGUUUUAGUGCUAAGGCCUAUAUAGUAUGAGUAUAGAGUGUUUGGAGUGAAAGUGAAUGAAUGAAUGAAUGAGCGCAUGCUUAGAUGAGUGUAAGAGUUAUAGUUAUAUCUAGUUUUUUAGUUGUACAAUGUCCAUGUCUUACAAGAGAUACACGGUAAAAACAAAGUGAAAUAAGAAUAACUAUGAAUACAAAUAACAAAAACAGAUAACUAGUUGUAAGUUUUUGAAACUAAGGUUUUUAUCUAAUUAAUCCCUACCAACUAAAACUCAGCUGCUGUGUGUGUAAAUACCUUUAGAUAUAUUAGUUUCAGAUUUAUUUUUUUAUUUUUUAGUUUUUAAGCAUUUCGAAUAAGCAUUGAGCAAUGUUAUGUUAAAUCGAAUGCAAAUAUUAAAUUAAGAUUAGAAAAAAGUGAAAAUGGAAUCUGGAAAUUUCAUAUGUUUUCAUGUUUUCAUAUGAUCAUAAAUUAGAAAAAAUUAGCAAAAUUACGUAAACAGAGAAAAGUUAAAAUUUUUAAUCGCUCAGUUCAGUCAUUAAUUUGGUGGUGAACAUUUUAUAUUAUGUUUUCCCAUGUUUUGUUACUACCACUGAAUUUCUCAUGAAAAUUCUCUUAAGGAACAGGGGUACUUCUUUUAUAUCAAUGAGUGCCUCCUUCUUUAAGAAGAGCCAGAACGCGGUGUCGCAUAGCUAUACCACUUGGUAGAGUAGUUUUAAUGUGGCAGGAUACCUAACAAAUGUAGUAAGGGAAUAACCACCGCUAAAAAUUUUUAAGAUUUUUGCUUAUUCGUAGCAUUUUAGCAAUGAAAAUGAGCCAAAGAACCAAAUCUUAAAAUAAAAACGCUAUCUUUAAAUUAAAUUUCCUAUUUACCGAAGGCCAUGACCAUCCGUUUAAAUUUUUGAUCGCUGGUUGAUUCUUAUUGUAUCCUCCACCAUAGGGUGGGGGUAUACCAAUUUCGUCGUUCCGUUUGUAACACGUCGAAAUAUUGAUCUGAGUCCCAAAAAAGUAUUUAUACUUCCGUCUGUCCGUCCGUCUGUCUAUCUGUCGAAAGCACGCUAACCUUCGAAGGAGUUAAGCUAGGUGCUUGAAAUUUUGUAUAAAUAUCCCGAUCGGUUGGGAUUGUAAAUAGGCCAAAUCGGUCCAUGUUUUGGUACAGCUCCCAUAUAAACCGAUCUCGGAUCUUGAUUUCUUGAGCCGCUAGAGGGCGCAAUUAUUAUCCGAUGUGGCUGAAAUUUUGCAUAAAAUGUUUUGGUUUGAUCGUUAACCUGAUAACCUUGUUUGACCUUCAACAACUGUGCCAUGUAUGUUUUAAUUCGAUUCAAAAUAUGAUAUAGCUCCCAUAUAAACCGAUUUCGGCUCUUUACUUCUUGAACCGCUGGAGGGCGCAAUUAUUAUCCGAUUUGGCUGAAAUUUUGCAUGAAGCAUUAGAUUCUAACUUCCAACAACUGCAAGAAGUAUGGCCCAAAUCGGUUCACAACCAGAUUUAGCUCCAAUAUAAACCGAUCUCCCGAUUAUACUUCUUGAGCCAAUAGAGGGAGCAAUUCAUGUCCGAUUUGGCUGAAAUUUUGCUCCAAGUAUUUAAUGUUAAUAUUCAACAUCACUGCCAAGUACAGUCCAAAUUAGUUUAUAAUCUGGUAUAGCACCCAUAUAAACUUAUUUCGGACAUUGACGUCUUGAGCCAAUAGAGGCCGCAAUUUCGCAUGAAGUGUUUUGGUUUGACUAUCAACAACCGUGACAAGUAUGGUCCAAAUCGGUUCAUAACCGAUUUCUGAUCUCGACUUCUUGAGCUGCUAGAGGGCGCAAUUAUUAUCCGAUAUAGCUGAAUUUUAGCAUGAAGUGUUUUGUUCUACCUACUUACAACUGCGCCAAGUAUGACCCAAUCGGUUCACAACCUGAUAUAGCACCAACCGAUAUCCCAAUUAUAUUUCUUGAGCCAUUAGAGCGAGAAUUCUUGUCCCAUUUGCCAGACAUUUUGCAGAAUGACCUUUAACAUACGAGUUAAAUAUGGCCAUAUAUGGAGUCGGUCCAUAACCUGAUAUAGCUCCCAUAUAAACAGAUGUCCCAAUUUCUUGAGCCACUAAAGGACGCAAUUCUUAUCCGAUUUGACUAAUGAAUUCCACUUUUGUCUCCAAAAGUCAAUCCAAAUAUGACCCCAAUCCGAUCAUAACUUGGUAUAGCCGAAAUAGCAUAGCAAUUCUUAUCCAUUAUUGUUGGCUUGUCUAUAAAGAUAUCGGUCAAAAAACUUGACAAAUGCGAUCCAUGGUGGAGGGUAUAUAAGAUUCGGCUCGGCCAAACUUAGCACACUUUUACUGGUCUUACUUCAUAGAUGAGUGUCCAGUUAUAAUUUUUUGAAAAAUUCUUUUUUUAAAAUUAGCAUCUUAACCUAAAACAGGUAAAAGGGUGCUAAGUUCGGCCGGGCCGAAUCUUGGGAACCCACCACCAUGGGUUCUGCAAAAAAUGUAUACAAAAUACAUUUAGUUGAAGGGCGUAAUUUUAUACUGUAUACCAAACAUCUGUCAAACCAGCAAAAAUUAAAGCUUCUAGGAACCGAACAAAGAUAAUCGAGAGAUCGGUUUAUAUGUGAGCUAUAUCAGGUUAUAGACCGAUUCGGACCGUACUUAACACAGUUGUUGGAAGUCAUAACAGAACUCCACAUGCAAAUUAUCACCCAAAGCGGACAAAAAUUGGGGCUUGUGAGGGCUCAAGAAAUCAAAUUAGGAGAUCGGUUUAUAUAAGAGCUAAAUCAGGUUAUGGACCGAUUUGGACCGUAUUUACCACAGUUGUUGGAACUCAUAACAGAUUACAAAAAUUGCGACUUGUUAGAGCUCAAGAAGUUGGAAGUCAUAACAAAUACCAAAAUUGGGGCUUGUUAGGGCUCAAGAAGUCAAAUCGGGAGAUCGGUUUAUAUGGGAGCGAUAUCAAGUUAUAGACCGAUUCCAAGGAUAACACGAAGUCCAAGGAUAACACUACAUGAGAAAUUUCGGCCAAUUCGGUCAAAAAAUGCGGCUUGUAAGAGAUCAAUAAGUCAAAUCGGGAGAUCGGUUUAUAUCGGACCUUUAUCUUAAUAUGAACUGAUAUUUCCCAUUUGCAAUCCCAUCGACCUACUUUAAUAUUAAGGAUCUGUUAAAAAUUUCAAGUGGCUAGCUCUCGUUAUCCGUUAUUGUGAUUUCGACAGACGGACGGACCUGCAUGGCUAGAUCGACCUAAAAUGUCAUGCGGAUCAAGAAUUUAUAUACUUUAUGGGGUCUUAGACGAAUAUUGCGAGGUGGUACAAAUGGAAUGACUAGAUUUUUAUGCCCCUUUUCUAUAGUGGUGGGUAUAAAAACGUAACAUUAACAUGGGUAUAAAAACAUAACAUUUUGCGUCUUUAACAAAGGUACACCGUUGUCUUGUUCUAAAGUCAGUUUCGUAACUUUCAACAAUGUUUUGACCUUCAUUUGAGAUUUUUGUCUUAAAUAACAAGAUUCAAAGUUAAGGAUUUAUUAGACUAACAUUUAAAAUGAAGAAUCCUUAAUUUCAAGGAACAUAUUUUUCACCAAGGGGGAUGUUUCUUUAAGAAGUUGGAAAAUGUAGAGGUCACUAGCGCCAGGCGCAAGCGAGAUGGGUCUAUACUGCACGGAAUGGUGUAUCACGAAGGCCAAACCCGCACCUCCACUCCGUAUGCGAUCCGUACGUAGUACAUUGUAUCCAUGACAGCUGCAGGUUGAUUAACUUUGUCUCCUGGAUCGCUUCAACUAAAUGUUCUUCCAACUCAUAGAAUCUACUAUUUCGUCGAUCUUGUCUCAGAGACCAUUGCAAUUCAAUUGCAAGAAAGAUACACUUUCCAGCACUGGCCUGGCAAUAUUGGAGCAGGUGUGUUGCUGUUGCGUAUAUUGCCGUACGGGUGAAGUCGGAUGGGUCAUAUAGUCCGACGACGAGGUUGCCGAAGAGGUCGGAGACGACGCUUGUGACCCAUAGCUGUCUAUGUAAGCACAAUACCUCGCAAAGUUUUCAGCGCCACUAUACUCCCGUAAUGACGUAAGGCCAGAGCAAGAUCGGAAAUGCACCCACUCCAUGCACCGGUUAUAUCUUACCGACACCGACCGAUGAUAUAGGCGGUUCUGGCAAAUCGAAUUGAACCAGGGUCCGGGGUCCCGUUACGGAUCAGAAACUUGCGUAGAAGGCAUUCAAGGAUGUGUAAGUUCACUAAGAAGGGUCAAUCCGGUACAAAGAAUCGGCUGUCGGGUUAAUCUGGUACACGAACCGGCUUCCACUGGAUUGAUAUUCAUUUUUAUACCCACCACCAUUGAAUAGGGGGUAUAUUCAUUUAGUCAUUCCGUUUGCAACACAUUGAAAUAUCUAUUUGCGACUCUGCAAAGUAUACAUCUCGUACAAUUUUAAGAGGAUUUAGAGACCGGCCGUAAAUUGUAAUCACGCUACAGCCUUCAAGGAUUGAGAUAUCGAGCUUAAAUUUUGCACAGAUCCGUAUUUCUUCUAUUAACGUUUUUAAACGGGUCAAAUCGGAUCAUAUUUGGAUAUAGACCGAUCUGCGAAUUAAGGGUCUUAAGCCAAUAUAAGGCACUUUUAUUAACCAAUUUCGCUGAAAUUUGAUUUAGGCCUCCUUUCCGAAUAUGGUUCAGAUCAUACUAUAUUUAGAUGUAGGUGCCAUAUAAACCGAUCUGCUGAUUUAGGGUCUGAAAUUUUAAACAGUGGGUUGCUUUGGGGAUAUCCGAUCUAGAUAUAUUCGGGCCACCAAUUUUAUUGCUUACCCGAUUUCGCUGAAAUUUGGAAGAGUGACUGUUGAGCCGAAGAUAUUUUCGCAAUAAAAUCUCCCAGAACAGCGAAAUAGCGGUCGUAUUUUUUCUUUAGGCGGUAGUAGAAAAUAUCCUUGGUCUGCUCGUCCUUGUCUUCGUCUGACGUUGAAGAAUUUGGCCUUUAUGCAUGCCAAGUUUUUUUAGAUAAGGGCAUAUUUGAAUAUAGCUGUCAUCAACCAAUAUCUCGAUUUAAGGUCUUGGUCCCAUAAAAGGGGUAUUUAUCACCCGAUACCAACGAUAUUUAGAAAAAUGAGUUGAUUUUUUUUAAUGAAUGUUCUAGAGACCAUUAAAUGUUUAUUUAUCACCCGAUUUUGCUAGAAUUUCCAAGUCAAGUUUUGUGAAAAUUAGGACAUAUUUGGAUAAAGCAGUCGUUAGACCCAUAUUCCGAUGUCAGGUCUUCGACCCAAAAAAGGCGUACUUAUCACCCGAUACCACACUCAGAAAAAACACAUUACUCGGAAGAAACGUAGAAAAGAAAGAAUGGACCCAUUUGCCAUGAUUUGCGAAUUUAAACCUGGAAUGCCCGGUCUCGGUAUAGAGAAGGUGCAGUAUACAUACUGGUAGAUGUACUCGAAAAGUACAGGAAAUGCAAUGGAUCGGGAAAGGCGUCACAACAAUACCAAAAAUGACGCCCAAUAUUAUACACCCAGAAAAAUUAGUCUGCUGAUACCAGCAAACACUGUCUGCUGGUAUUAAAUUAAAAAUUUUAAACUUUUGAAUAAAUUUAUUCAAAAUUUUUUUAAUUUCUAAACAAUUAUUUAGAUAUUAAUAAUAAAAGUUUGCCAAUUUUA